UCAGCUCAUAUACAUUAUGUUGACAUUGACAGGUUGUGACCAUAGUUAUGUCUACCUAUAUUCCUAACUCUCAUUGGCUGCUGACCCAGAAUUAACCCAUCCAUUAGGAGAAGUUGGCUUUUGCAGCUCUGAUGAGGAUGGCAGUGAAUAUGGUGAAUAAAGUGAAAAGAAAAUCUGUUAAGUUAGAUUUGCUUUUAGGUCAGAGGGUAACUAUCCCCCAACCAAAGCAGAUGGGAAGAAGAUAUUACUGAGCACUUCUGGUUUGAUUGUGUAGAGCAUUCCGGCUCAUAAGGUUGUGAAUGGAGCUGUGGGGGAAAUGUGUUUGGGUGGUUGGUUUGUUGGAGUGGUGUUACAUGGCCAGUACAGUUUCUCUGAGAUCCAAGUGACAUCACUCAGAGACACAAUGACCUGAGAACCACUGUCAACCAAAUAGAGUAAAAUACAUUUAAAAUCAUUUCUGCCUUGAAUCUUUUUCCUAUUUUGUUACUUUUUCUUCUUCUAAAACCUGAAGUAUUUAGACAACACAUUUCUAAUUAUAAAGGGGUUCUAAAGAAAUCCAUUUUACAUGGCCGAGACAAAAAGGCUGAGCAACAAGUCAUUGUAUGCAUCUGCCUUUAUAACACCUAAUGCACCCAAAGGCAAAGAGGUGAGGCUUACAACAAAAAAGAGAACUGACACAGGAAGUGGCUGAGGUCUUGGUUAGAUUUUAACUGUCUUUGCUUCUGUUCACAUACUGAUCAACAUAACAGUCCCAGUCUGCAUCAAGCUGCCGCGAGGAGACAAAUAGUCAUCUGAAAAGCCUUUGAGAGUGCAUUUCUGUCUGGUGGUUGUUGUGCGUAUGUCGAAAGAAGGCCCGUCAUUUAGGGAGAGCCUGUUCAUAAGGAUCACUUCAAGGAAUCUUUCCUUAAGGGGCAGCAGGAAGUCCAGCAACAAACCAACUGAGAUGUGGGGCAGUGGAGAGGAGAAGGAGAGUGGCCAGGGGAGGCUUCACAGGAGACUGUCUCGUCUGGGGAGCAGAAGCUCUCUUAGAGAGCCCCCAAGACCCCCACCCCAACCUGUCCAACCUCCACCCCCUGUCCAGCUUCCGGUCCCCGCUCCGGUCCCAGUCUCAGCCCCGGUCCCAGCACCAACCUUGGCCCCAGCAGAGAGGCCCAUUAGCCCACCCCAGAAACCUCCAACCCAUCAAAUCCCAGUCCCUAAACCAUUGGCGCUUCCCCCCAGAAUCCCUGAAAACAGCCUGAAACCAAGCCUCCCUCCAAAGCCUCUAACCAGAGUGUUCAGCAGCAACAAGCAUGGUUCUGCAGUCCUACAGGGGUUUGAAAUGUUCCGUAUUGAUGAGACCCUGUGUGAUGUCAUCCUGGUGCCUGGGGACAGCACUGACACCUUCCCAGUACACAGAGUGAUCAUGGCCUCUGCCAGCGACUACUUCAAGGCCAUGUUCACAGGGGGUAUGAGGGAACAGGAGAUGAAGACUAUCAAGCUUCAUGCGGUGAGUAAGACCGGCCUGAAGAACAUCAUCGAUUUCAUCUACACAUCCCGGCUGAGGCUGAGCAUGGCCGACCUUCAGGACACUCUUGAGGCUGCUAACUUCCUGCAGGUCCUCCCUGUCCUUGGCUUCUGCAAUGACCUGCUCAGUACUGAGAUCACUGUUGAUAACUGUCUGGAGGUGGAACACAUUGCUGGGGAACUGCUCCUGGAGGAUGUGCAGGCCCACAUUGUACAGUUUGUGUGUCAGAACCUGUCAGCCCUGCUACAGUCCGGUCGCUACCUGCAGCUCUCCGAGUCCAGCAUGUCCAAUGCCUUGGCCAGCGACAGCCUCAAGGGCUUCACCGAGAUGGAGCUGUACCGCGUCGCGCGCUCCUGGAUCGACCAUGAGCCCUCUACCCGUCUCCCGGCGGCCCACUCCCUGAUGCGCCACGUCCGCUUCCCCCUCAUGACUCCCACAGAGCUGCUCCAAAUCUCCCAGGAGGACGAGGAGCGCGAAGACUCCGGGGGAGCCCUGAUGCGCUCCAACACGGCCUGCGUCAACCUCCUGCUGGAGGCCAGCAACUACCAGAUGAUGCCCUUCCUCCAGCCCUCCUUACAGACGGAGCGCACGCGCAUCCGAUCGGACGCCACCCACCUGCUGGCGCUGGGCGGGGUGAUGAGGCAGCAGCUGGUGGUGAGCAGGGAACUGAGGCUAUACGACGAGGACAGCGGCCACUGGAGGGCAUUGAAGCCAAUGGAGGUUCCCCGCUACCAGCACGGCGUGGCCCUGGUCGGGGGCUUCCUCUACAUCGUGGGUGGCCAGAGCACGUACGACACCAAGGGCAAGACGGCGGUGGACAGUGCCUACCGCUACGACCCUCGCUUUGACCAGUGGCUCCAGGUGGCCUCGCUCAAUGAGAAGAGGACCUUCUUCCACCUUAGCGCCCUGAAGGGGAGGCUGUACGCUGUUGGAGGCCGGAACACAUCCGGGGAGAUCGACACAGUGGAGUGCUACAACCUUAGAAAGAAUGAGUGGACGUUUGUGGCGCCCAUGAUCGAACCCCACUACGGGCAUGCUGGAACAGUUCAUGGUGAACUAAUGUAUGUCUCGGGCGGAAUCACCAAGGACACGUUCCAGAAGGGGCUGUUGUGCUAUGACCCCGACACAGACACAUGGAGUCGCCGUGCCGACAUGAUGGAAUUACGUGGCCUCCACUGCAUGUGCACGGUGGGCGACCGGCUGUAUGUCAUGGGAGGGAAUCACUUCCGGGGCAGCAGUGAUUACGACGACGUUCUGACCUGUGAAUUCUACAGCCCCGAGGCGAACCAGUGGACCGCGGUGGCAGCGAUGCCGCGGGGCCAGAGUGACGUCGGGGUGGCCGUGUUCAAGGGCCAGAUCUACGUGGUGGGGGGCUACUCCUGGAACAGCCGCUGCAUGGUGGACAUCGUGCAGCGCUACGACCCGGAGAAGGAUGAGUGGGACCGGGUCUUCAACGUGCUAGAACCCCUGGGCGGGAUCCGGGCCUGCACCAUGACCGUCCACCUGCCCGAGGGCUCCGUGGAUGACGGACAGAUGCAGGACUACCCACUGGACACCGUCAAGAGCUGAGGGGACAAGCACAAGGACAUGGCCUUUCCCACUCAGUUUCCAAGGCUGUAAAAUGGGAGCAUUUGGCAAGCUACAACUGUGGGAGAAAGGGGAAUGUGUGAAGGAGCACUUCUCCAACAGGUCCUCCUGAAUACUAGGCUAGGUUUGCUUCAGCUUUUGGAGUCUUUUUGUGUUAUCAAGUUUUGCUUCUGAAUAUCUUCUUCUUGAUGUUUGAUGUGGAGCACUUUAAAAAAAAAAGGAAACUUUCAAGGAGAUUGUUAACAAAGAAAUGACUGUAGUAAGAAAUAAAAAUAAGCCACACCGCCA